UGUACAAUUAUAGCUUAUUUCGUAGUUACUGAUACUGUAAUUUUAAAGCAAUUAUGUUUCCGAUGAUUUUUAAUGGCUUACGGGAAACCAUCUCAAAAUAAAAAGAUAAAGAAACAACAAAUUAUAGUGCGCGUAAUAUAAGUGAAUGAAUUUAUUGAAAAGUGUCAUGAACAAGGCUCUCACUGACAUAUGUUCAGUCUAGACUGUAACACACUGAAAUGAAUGUGGUAAUGGUUUGAUGAACAAACAGGUUAUAUUUCAAAGCUGUGGAUUCAGGAUCGUUAGCUCUUUUGUGUUUCAGGAAACACACGUGGAACGAUCAGUCAUUUGUAAAUGAUUUUACAGAGAUUGUGAAAUCAAAAGAAAAGUCUCAACGAACAGUUACGCGAACCGGUUAAGGGUCUACCGUUUCACUUAGAAAUGACUCACUCACGGUACAACAGUGCCUUGUUUGAUGUCUUACUAAUUAAUAAUAUGUUUCAUCUGUCGAUCUCAAUACAAAUAACGAUAAUAUUGUAAAAGUAUGAACAAAGGAAUCUAAGUUAUAAAAAAGUAGAAGAAAGAAUCAUGAAAAAAAAAAGAAUUUGUAAAAGUAGGAUUUUUAGAACCCCUAUCGCUUUAUCGUUCAAUGCUGACAGUAUGGGCAGUUUUUAAAUAAAUAUUCAAGCUUUAUUUUUUAUAGCGAGUGAUAAUCCUUUUCUAAGAAAAAAAGGAAUAUGUUAACAGAUAAAUUUUGAUUGCAUCAGGUGCCAUUUACUUAAUGGGAGUGCCUGUUUUGAUUGACCUACCUUAACAAAUGUGUACAUCAACGUAAUCUAUGAGUUGUAUCUCAAAAAAUUUCAGCGGUGAAACAGGGAAAGGGCUCGCAAAAUGGCCGAGUACUGUGAAUACAUGUGGGACCCCACAAGAGGUCACGUGAACAGCGCUUUGGCACGGAGUAUUUACGAGGCGGAGGCCAAGUUUGAUAAACGGGACAAGAAACUGGCCAUUAAAACAGUCAGAGCGAUAUUGCGUGAAAUGCCGGAUGUAGACCUGAAGCACUGUACGGAUGAAUACAUUACACGUUUCCUGUUGGCCCGGAAGUAUCGCACCGAACAAGCUGCUGCCCUAAUAGCCGCUUAUCAGGCGCAAGUAGCACAUCGACAGGAUAUCUUUGGCAAUCUAACAGCCAGAGAUCCAGCUUUGCAACGGGCGCUGCGAGCGGGUAUACCGGGUGUCCUUCCUGCACGCGACAAAAAAGGCAGAUGCGUCCUCGUUUUCUUAGCAUCGCAGUGGGAUCCAAUCUCAGUACCGGCUUUAUCGGUUCAGCGAGCUAUCUUUUUGGUUCUUGAAAUUUUAAUUCAGGACCCAAGAAAUCAGCAAUCCGGUUUUGUAGCGGUAGUAGAUUGGGGCGGAUUUUCUUUACGACAAGGCGGUGCCUUGGGUGCUGCGGCAUUGCGAAACCUAAUAGCUGCUCUUCGCGGACGAUUUCCGGCCAGAUUCAAAGCUGUACACUUCCUGUCGGCACCGCUUUACGUCCAAGCGACAUUGGCCCUCGUAAAACCUUUCUUGGAUGAAAAGACACGGAAUAAGAUCUAUUUACAUGGGAACAAUCUGAGUACCCUACACGAACACCUGCCCACUGACAUCUUGCCAGCGGAAUUAGGUGGCACAGGACCAGCCUUUAAUCCAGGAUUAUGGGCCGAACCAGUUAUUCACUCGGCGAUGAAGGAAGCUGAGAUUGCGGCGAUGAAAAAGGAAAAGGAACUUGCUGAGAGCGCAGAGCAGUCUUGUGAUAACAGAUAUGAGUCAAGAAGUACAGACGAUUACAAAACAAACGAGGCUGAUUUGAUGAAGCCAAGCAACGGCGUGAGUAGAGAGAAUGGAAGGCGAUUUUUCAAUCCCUUCGGCAAUUCUACGAGAAAUCAAUCCACGAAAAAGACUGGAGGAACAAAUGUAGAGUUAAAUUUAAUUAAUCGUUCUAAUGGACACGAAGAAAGGAGAAGAGAUAGUGAAACGAUAAAAGACGACGAGGAUUCUUAUUGUAGAAUUAAGAACAAAACAUUAAAUAAUAGCAAUUCUGAUUAUUAUAAUGACAACAAAGAAGGAUACAAAGAAUCAGAGGACAAUUUAUUAGGAUUUCAGUCAGAAAAAAAUUCCCAUGAGUUUGAAGUCUCAAAUAGACCAGGCAGCGACGAUAGUAAGGAUAAUUCAUUGGAUAAUAAAUCCGAAAAUUCACUUAUUGACUCAGGUAAGAACGAAAUUCCUUCGGAAGAAACAAAUCUCAUAACGUAAUGUUAGUGUUUGAGAACUAUACUUAGGUUAACAAAAUUGAGUACACUUGCAAUGAAAUCAGGCUUUCCCCGGAAAAAUGGUAAUAUCCCGGGUUCCUAUUAUAUAUCUAUAUAUAUAGGUCUGUGGUGGACCAAAGUAAUAUUUACUUUGUUAUUUGUACUUUUCAAUUAUAUACUAAAUUUUAUGAUAUUUAAUAAUAAAAAGUUAUAUUUUUUAAAAUUAUUUUUAAUAUUGUCAAAAUUAAGAUUUUGACAAUUCCUGCUUUUAUUAUAUCAUCAUUUUUCCCAUGGAAGCCUGAUUUGAUUGCAAGCGACUUACACAGACUGUAAGAACUAUUAACAUUGAAUUUAAAAGUAAAUUUAAUCUAGUGUUGUUAGUUUUGACAGUCGGUGAAAUAUAAUAGGUCAGACGAAACAAAUUUUUAUUAUUCUAUAGAUUAUAAGGAAUGCAUUGUGAUAUGGCAAACAUUUAUCAUGUAUUUAAAUGUUGAUGAGGCUUUUAUUCCUUUUUUUUGAUAAAUAAGAGCCUUCUUAUUUUAACAAGAAUCAGUACUUUUAUUAGAUACUAGUAGAAUAUUUAAAAUAACAAACUCAUCAAUUUCUCAUUUCCUUUUAAUAUUUUAUUAUCGUGAAAAAUGGAGUUAUUUUUAUAAAAUGCUUCACUGCCUAUUAUUAUCAUACAUUUAAAAGUGAUAUAAAAAUUGACAAUAGUAUUAUGCUAAUAGCAUUGGAACAACUUUUUUUUUUACUUAACUAUUUAAAUCUAGUUGCUACUGACGUUCGUAGCAAAGAAAUGAAAUAAACGUCGUUUGAACAUUAUUAAUGUUCCUCUUUCUUAUCGCAUGUGACAAACAUAAUUUACAACGAGUACUUAUACUGUGAACUUAAAUUUACGAUUUAUUAAUGUAAGUCAGCUUUUGUUGAAACUCGUAGUAUCACAUACAUGGAUAAGAACUACUUUUACAUGUAUGAAAUUCAUACCAAUAUCCACGUUUCUUAAAAGGGUUUCCACGAUUCAUAUUAAUACUGUAAAUAUGUAUUAAAUUAUUUAUUGAUAUCAAAUGUAUCAUGGAGUUAAAGAUCUCUUAUCUCAUAGUGGAUCUCUGAAAAAGGCAUGUUAUGUACUUAGAAUUUUCGGUUCGACAUAACAUAGAUCUGUUUUUAGUUUCACCCUUAAAAAAAAUAUAUAUUUUUUAAUAAAAGUAAUUUACAAUUUAGGAUAUUUUUUCUUUGAUCCUGUUUUAGAUAAAAAAUGAAACUAUCAUAAAUUAUGAAUAGAAAUUUGUAUUUACUAUCAGAGUAUAAAUGAAUUAGAUUAAAAAUUACAAAUUAAGUUCCCAUUAAAAUUUAUGCACUAUCCAUUUUGAUACUAUAAACACGCAAAUCAGACGUUGACAAAAGAGAAAUGAUAGUAGAAUAAUGGAAUAAAAAUUUAUUACUUUAGUACAUAAAAUAUAUAUGUAUACGAUUUUAACAUCAAUACACGUUAUAAACAUAGAA